CUGAAACACUAAAAGAAAAUUUGAGAAGCAAUGUGCCUCCUGAAACUUCCAGUAGUUCUCAUUGUGCUCUUGGUUGCACUAUACCAUCUGAAAGCUACCCCCAUUGAAAGUAACCAAGUGGAAAAGCGGAAAUGCAACACUGCCACAUGUGCGACCCAACGCCUGGCAAAUUUCUUAAUUCGUUCCAGUAACAAUCUUGGUGCCAUUCUUUCUCCUACCAAUGUGGGAUCCAAUACAUAUGGAAAGAGGAGCACAACUGAUAUUUUAAACAGGGAACCAUUGAAUUACUUACCCUUUUAGAGGUCAAUGUACCUCUAGAAUUCUUUUUGUUUCAUGUACAAAUAUUCUAGUGAUUUCCUGUGUAAUUUAACAUUAGCAUGAACCUGCGUCUGUAUGUCCCAUGUUUGUUGCCAGUACAUAUAAAUUGUCUUGAAAAGAAUUGUUUUAAAUUUAACACUAAUUAAGGUCCCAUAAUAAAAAGUCAGUAUCUUUAAAAGUG